GGGAAGGAGGGCCCUCGCGGCGAGGACAACUCGACCCUGUCUCCCGAGACCACCCCGGGAAAGUUCCACCGAGGCCCUUCUUUUUUGCACCGAGUGCUGGAUGGUUGUUCGAGUCAUCUGCCCGCGAGAGUAUCGUUUCUUUCGCUCAUACGGGAGCUGUCUUGUUCUCUCCUUCGGGCAGAAGCAGCAGCCUGUGCAGCUCACCGGUCUUUCUGCUCCUUCGAUCGUUCCACAGCCGGCGCUUAGGAGUAAGGAGCCGCCCUCUCAGCGGAAUCUCUUGCUAAGUUCCUUGAACAAGCCGUAGCCAUUAUUGCACAAGCUUGUGGCUCAUAGGGGCAGCUUACCACAGGUCCCAUGGUUUCUGGUCCAGUGGAGCUGUGGAGCCUCUACCUCAGGAGGCUCGAGCGCAGGCCAGUGCCCACAAAAUGCUGCACGAGCUUCUGGAUGUUCCUGGUCAGCCAACUGCUCGCGCAGUGCAUCGCUGACGGCAGGGUGACCUCGUUCCGGAGGAUGUUCGACUUUUGCUUCUGGGGCUCCAUCAUACCCAUUGGCUCUCACAGGUGGCAGAACUUUCUAGCGGCCCAUGGCCCCACGAACAUGCUCGUGAAGAUACCUUUUGACCACGUCAUGUACCGGACUCCCAUCCUCGUCGUGUUCCACAUUUACAUCAAGCUGAUGCAGAACAUGUCGUUUGGCCAGGCCCUGAAGUGGACCCUGCAAAACAACCCAAAGGUGCAGAUUACAUCGGCGAAACUCUGGCCGGUAGCCAACAUCGCCAACUACCUGUUUGUGCCCCUGCCCCUGCGGGUGCUGUACCAGAACGUGGUCCUGUUCUUCUGGGUGCUGUACCUGUCCUACAAGACCGCUGGUGACAAGAAGCAGGAUUCUUGGCACGAAGGAAACGGGUCCUCUCUCGAUUAGGGUUGCGAUCUGCUUCGCGAUCUCUUUUUCAUGUGGCUCGUGAUGCGGACGGCACGCGCGCGAGCUACAGUGCCAACACCGGAGGAGGAGCCCCGACCCUCUCCCCCGGGCGGGCUCUUCAUCCCGAGUCGUUUCCUGACCGCCCCAGGGCCCUGCAGAGGCCCCUGGAGGCCAAAAACGUAGGAACAACGGGCAAGUGAGUUUUUCAUAGCGAGGGCCCGUCCAAGGCCGACGAGGCGGCAUCGCCCGCGGCUGGACCUGCACGGACGCUCGCCGUGGCCCUCGCGGCCCUGGCGGCGAACUCCACGCCGCUGCUGCUGCCCCAGUGAGCGCCGGCCCGCGCCCGCGGUGCCCGUGCCCUGGCCAGGGCCGCGAGGCGUCGAAGAGCGGACUUGGGUCGUUCUCCGAGGAUCUCUUGCGCGACUGGGGGCCAGACGUGCUCGCGUCGUGAAA